GACAAAGACGAGUUACUUCCGGACUGACGUCAGGAAUGAAGGCUGUCACUGUUCCCAGUACUCGCCACCCUGACAAGGACAAUGGCACUUUGUUGACUACCACGCUUUUAUGACACCGCUAAGGCGCUACCACAUGCAGGACUUAUUUCAUUGCUCACACAGUCUGUUAAGGUGUCUCCAGCGCGGCGUCUCCCGUGACCUCCCACCCCCGAGCCAAGACAAAAGACACCGCCAGAGAACCCGAGGAUGUCUUGCUCAACUCACAGGAGACGAGUGACGCGGGACCUCUCCGUUCUCUUCAUCCUCCUCCACGUGUUCCUCAUGAUUUUGUCCCUUACGCUGGCUGAAGAAAUCAACAACCCGAAGACGGCCUUAACACGGAGCAUGAGAUCCGAAACGAAGAACAUGUGUCUACGCCAACUUGAGAGCCCCACGCCCAUCAAGAUUCUACUAAGGAUGUACGUGAGACCCAUAGGACCAGGGAGCAACAUGGUACAUGUGGCAGGCACUGUUCAUGUCCGCACUGAAGAGCUGGAGGUUGGAGGAGAUUGGGCACCGCUUCACUACGAGUACACCUCCUUCAAUCAAGAACUCUACCUUAACGUGACACUGAAGGGCAAGCCACUGAAAUACAUUCCCAGUCAAUCCAUGUACCACCUUCGUUAUGAGCUCGAUGCCGUCAAGAUGUAUGUUAUGGGACGAGUGGAGAUAAUAGACCAGGAGGAUUGCUCAGAACUCGAGACCACCACCAACGCAACUACCACCACCACAAAGCUCUACAACAAAGCACCUCAACAUCAAACGGUUCCUAACGCAAUCACAGUGCCUCCUGAAACUGGAGCUGCCUUCCCGUCAACCCCCGUCGCCUCCAUCAUGCCGGACAGCGGAGACACAACGUCGUGGGUUUGGGUGAUGGGGGCGGCAGGCUCAGUACCCAUCCUAAUCAUCCUAGUGAUUCUACUGGUGUUGCUGGUAGUGGUGGUGGUGAGUGUCUCUGUCAUCCUGUGGCGCCGAAGGAAAGCAACCAACAAUAUCUCAAAGAACAAGGACCCCUUUGCUGCAUGUCACGAUCCGCUCAUGCCUCAGCCACAGACCGCAGACCAGUUUUCCACAAACAGUACGAAUGUGAGCCCUUUAUACAGAUCUCCUCCUCCUCCUCCUCCUCCAAACUAUUAUAGUGAAUGAGAAAACUUAAUGAUGCACACACAAAAAGCAAAGAUGUACUGAAUAUCACAUCACCUCAAAAAUUACUUGAGCUCUCCAUCACUGACAUAUGAAUGUAAACCCUUCAUAUAGAACUUCUCCCAAUAACUACUGCAUAAAUGUAUAGCGAAUGACAAAAUAGCUGUUUUAUAUUAUACGAGUUCAUGUAAUCAUCAAAUACAAUAGGUAAAUGUUAAAAUAAUCGCAAUGUAAAGUUAAGAGUCUAAAAACUAUUUCUCAACAUCAAUAGCAGUAGACUUCAGUAAGUUUUCGAACACACACUUGCAUGACAAACCAAUGAGAAAGGCCUAAUCUAUAUUUACAUCACUAUUAUAUCAUUAUGAUUGUAGUAGUGAACACAGGAGAAAAAAAAAAUCAUAUGGCAAACCACUGUGAACGUCCUAUUCUAUGAUUCCUAUGAUUAAAUAAUGAAAAUUUUAGUAAUCGUCACGGGAAUAAGGUACAGACACCUGUGAUGGUGAAACUAGGUAGCUAUUAAUCUAAUGGUGUGAAUAUCACCUAAUCUGAACAAAAAAGUUUAUUUAUGUACACAUUACACAACUACCUCCUCUCUCUCUCUCUCUCUCUCGGCGAGAGGCUUUGUGAGCUAAUCUUUAUUUAACAGAUCUCUUAACUGUAAGACUAGUGUUCUAUUUGUAAUAGUUUUUAGUUUAGGCAUUCAAUGUGCCUGUAGUUUUUAGUUUCAUGUAAGUAUUUUAUAUUGCACAUAUUAUUUGCAAGACAUGAGUUAAGUAAGAAUUCUUGUUGAUUGUCCUUUUCUCUCCAUUUAUAAUAUAAUAAAAGUAUAUUCUAC